AUGCUCUGUGUUUUGGGAAGCCUGCGUCUCGGCCUUGCUGCCCUCUGCCUCCUCUCCCUCCUGCCAGCUGUGAGUGGACACAUCUGGGCCUGGAUGCUCUCGAUCCCCUACAGCCCCCCAGGAGAAGGGGUCCCCGUUCGGGAGGCACACCCCUCCUCCAGUACUGUGCUGUGUGAUCAGGACCGCAGCUGCGGGAGAGGGUUUUCGUGUGACCGGCACUUCGGGCUGUGUGUCCCGCUGAAACAAGCGGGUCAGUACUGCAGGCGGGACGCGCAGUGCGUCCGAGGCCUGAGUUGCAUGUUCGGCAAGUGCCAUCGCAGCGUCCCGGAAGGCGAAGAAGGCGCGCGCUGCAAACUGGAUCGAGACUGCGGAGACUCCAUGUGCUGCGCGCGGCACCACGGCGAAAUGAUCUGCAAGCGGCGUUUGGCGCUCAGCGAGAGCUGCUUCGUACCGGACGGCGGACUGGCUUUCAGCAUCAACCAGAUCUGCCCGUGUGAAGAGGGGCUACUGUGCCGAAACGUGGCUAUGACACCCAACAGAGAGAAAGAAUUUGUUUACCGACCGGAGUCUGACAGUUGGAAAUGCCAAAUCCCGUCAGCGCCAUAGAAGCCCCGCCUCAAGCCCCGCCUCGGACACAGAAGCCCCGCCUCGGACAUAGAGGCCCCG